CGGCCAAAUAACAUGGGCGGACGAAGAAAACUGAUUGCACUGACUGCUUUCAGGUGGCGAUCGCUUUAAAACCCCAUCACCUGCGAGCCGAAGCAUCGCGAUCUCGCAAUCCGCGAGGUUAGGCGGUGCGGAACACGGGCUCCCGUUACCGGUCAGCACCGUUCCUGCUCCGAGCCGCAGCUCAGCACCACGGGCACCGCGUGUACCCCUUCCACAGCGGGGUCAGGGACCGCCGAGGGGCUCGGAAGGAGGCCGGAACUAUCGGAGGACACCCCGGCUCACAACGGGAGUGUCGGACCGGUGUUCGCGUCACACCCGGAAGCACCGCCUCACGUCACACCGACGCUUCCAGCCCACUUCCGCCGCCAUCUCCUCCGGCCGGAACAUGCCCAAGAAAGGAGGGAGGCAUUCUGACAUUGGAAAAGAUGGGCCUGUACAGUGUAAACGAGCAAAGGUGGAAGCAGCUUGUUCUCCAUCAGCCCUGAGUUUUGAGAACCCAGACAGCCUCUUUGGAAGCUUGAUCUCUCCCAUCAAACAAGAGGUGUUCUUCAGGGAGUAUUGGGAGCAAAAGCCUUUGCUGCUUCAGAGGAACAAUCCCCUGCUGGCUGCCUACUACCAGUCCCUUUUCCAGUUGUCGGAUCUGAAGGAACUGUGUGGCCGGGGUCUGUACUAUGGGCGAGAUCUAAACAUCUGCAGAUGUGUGAAUGGAAAAAAGAAAGUUUUAAACAAAGAAGGCAAAGUGAACUACAUGCAGCUGAAGAAGGAUUUUGACCAGAAAAAGGCAACAAUACAAUUUCAUCAGCCUCAGAGAUUUAAGGAGGAGCUGUGGAAGAUUCAGGAGAAGCUGGAGUGCUACUUCGGGUCUCUGGUUGGAUCCAAUGUUUACAUGACUCCCCAGGGGUCCCAGGGCCUUCCACCUCACUACGAUGAUGUUGAGGUGUUUAUCCUUCAGCUGGAAGGCCAGAAACACUGGCGGCUCUAUAAACCAACGGUGUCUUUAGCUCGGGAAUACAAUGUUGAAUCAGAAGACAGGAUUGGGAAUCCCACGCAUGAAUUCAUUUUAAAGCCAGGUGACUUGCUGUACUUCCCAAGAGGGACUAUUCACCAAGCUGACACUCCUCCUGGGAUCUCCUAUUCUACACAUGUGACCAUCAGUACCUACCAAAACAACUCUUGGGGAGAUUUCUUACUGGAUGCACUUCCUGGUCUUGUGUUUGAUACAGCAAGAGAAGAUGUGGCACUGCGGACCAGCAUACCGAGGAAGCUGCUUAUGCAGGUGGAUGUAGCUGACUCAACAAAAAAGCUGAGCAGCCUUUUAAGGGGGCUUGCAGACCAUCUGGAAAACACCAAAGAACUGAAGUCAUCUGACAUGAAGAAGGAUUUCAUUAUGAACCGGCUGCCACCUUGCUUGGGAUGUGACUCUGAUGCUUUGACUCCAGGUGGGAAAUUUCCCAAAAUUGAGAGCAAAAUCCGACUGCAGUUCAGAGAUCAUGCAAUCAUUACAGUGGAACCAGACCAAGAGAGCUCUGAUGAUAUUCGCAGAGAGAUGGUUUACGUGUAUCAUUCUUUAAAGAACAAAAGAGAAACUCACAUGAUGGGGACGGAAGAGGAUACAGCCAGUGAGGAAGGCACGCCCCAGCACCCUCGUGGACUGCGGUUUCCUUUGUCAUACUUGGAUGCACUGAAGCAGAUUUGGUGUAACAGCACUGUUAGCGUUAAAGAGCUUAACCUUGCUUCAGAUGAACAGAAGGAAAACCUUGCCUUGUCACUAUGGACUGAAUGUCUAAUUGAAGUUAUUUGAUGCUUUUGUAAAAAGCUACUACUACAGGUAGUAUUUCUAGCCAUUAAGAAUCUUGAUUCUUGUUAUUAAAUACCUUUUCAUACAUCUA